CGACACGAAUCUGCUCCGCCACCCGCGCUGUGAAGCUCUGAAGAAGUGAAAAAUAAUAGGGAGCAGUGUCAGGUGGAGCAGAAUGGAGUUCGCUGAACUGAUAAAGACCCCACGGGUAGAUGGUGUUGUUCUCCACCGUCCUUUCCUGCCCACAGUGGAGGGCACUCUGUGUCUGACUGGACAUCAUCUCAUCCUGUCCUCUCGACAGGAUAACACAGAGGAGCUCUGGCUGCUCCACUCAAACAUCGAUGCAAUCGAAAAAAGGUUUAUUGGAUCUCUUGGCACAAUUAUUGUGAAAUGCAAGGACCUGCGAAUUAUUCAGCUGGACAUCCCUGGCAUGGAGGAGUGCCUCAACAUCGCCAGUUCCAUUGAGGCAUUGUCCACACUUGACUCUGUCUCCCUGAUGUACCCUUUCUUUUACCGCCCUAUGUUUGAGGUCAUUGAGGAUGGGUGGCACUUGUUCUCUCCAGAGGAGGCCUUCAAAGAUCUGGAAUCAAUGACAGAUGAAUGGAGACUUAGUGAAGUGAAUAAAGACUUCACUGUCUGCCCCUCCUACCCAUCAUUGGUGACUGUACCCAAGGACAUAGAUGAUGACACUCUUUGCAAAGCUGCUGCAUUUCGCCAUGGUGGCCGCUUCCCAGUCCUCAGCUACUACCACAAGAAGAAUGGCAUGGUGAUGAUGCGAGCAGGGCAGCCACUUACUGGAACCAAUGGACGCCGCUGUAAGGAGGAUGAGAAACUGAUCAACGCUACACUUCGUGCAGGAAAACGGGGUUACAUCAUCGACACACGCACUAUUGCUGUAGCACAACAAGCUAAGGCUCGUGGAGGCGGGUUUGAACAGGAGGCCAAUUACCCACAGUGGAGAAGAAUCCACAAGGCAAUUGAGAGGUCCAAUAUUCUACAAGAAAGUCUGAUUAAACUAGUGGAAGCCUGUAAUGAUCAAUCUAACAGCAUGGAUCGCUGGCUUAGCAAACUGGAGGCCUCCAACUGGCAGAGCCAUGUGAAAGAGAUCCUCACUACUGCCUGCCUGGCUGCUCAGUGCAUUGACAGAGAGGGUGCAUCAGUACUUGUCCAUGGGACCGAGGGUACUGACUCCACACUGCAGGUGACCUCUCUGGCCCAGAUCAUCUUGGAACCAGCCUGCCGGACUAUCCGUGGCUUCCAGGCCCUGGUGGAGCGAGAGUGGCUCCAGGCAGGUCACCCAUUCCAGCAGCGCUGUGCGCAGUCUGCCUAUUCCAAUGGGAAGCCAAGGAGCGAGGCCCCGGUGUUCUUGCUGUUUCUGGACUGUGUGUGGCAGAUUCUGCGCCAGUUCCCUUGCUCCUUCCAGUUCAAUGAGCACUUCCUGAUCACGCUUUUUGAACAUGCCUAUGCAUCCCAGUUCGGCACGUUUUUGGGAAACAGCGCCGCUGAAAGUAGGGUGAAGCUGAAGUUGUCUCGGAAGACGGUGUCUCUGUGGUCGUGGGUAAACAGGCCUCAGGAGCUGGAGCGCUUCGUUAACCCACUGUAUGAACCCAACAGCUUGGUGAUUUGGCCCUCUGUAGCCCCGCAGAGUCUGCUUCUGUGGGAGGGUGUCUUCCUACGCUGGAAUCGCUCCACCAAGUUUCUGGAUGAGGCCUAUGAGGAGAUGGUCCAUAUUAUUGAGUACAAUAAGGAGCUACAGAAUAAAGUAAACAGCCUGAGAAGACAGCUGGCUCAGUUGGAGACAGAGGACAGCCCUCUGCAGACUCCAUAAGACAUUCAGUUCUAUACUGAGAAAUUUCACAAGAGUGGUACUCUUUGGAGUUCCUCUUCACCACUACUGAGAUUACUCUGUCCGUGCACGUAUGUCCACAUAUGUAGACCCAUCAGUCAUUACUUCUGCUUUCUUAGAAUCACAUUUUAUCCAUGUGUUUCUCAGUUCCUGUAUUGCUUAUCUAUAGUCUUGUUCCACCUAUAAUUCUUGCCCUUGCAUUUGGCCUUUACUUUGCUGAGGCUAAUCGAUUAGCUCUGGUACUGUGCCAAGCAGUUGAUCUCUGACUAUCGAACAAAUCUGUACUUUACACUAACACUAUUCUACGUAUUCAUGCCUCUCGAGCACACUAUAUGUUAUUGCUUUAAAAACAUGAGGUGCUACCUGCUUGAUGUUUUGUGAGUAGUAGUGGUUAUAUAGGUGCCUACACUAAACUGUGCCAUUGUUUCCACUUCCUGAGAGACAGUGUACAGUGUAACGAAAAGUCUUUUAAAAGGGAGAUGGUAUGACCUUGAGUUUGAGUAGCUGCUACAGACAUAGUUACUUUUGCAGGCUGUGGUUCAAAAGCAGUGUGGUAUCACAAACUCUUCACAAUGAUGACUUGUUUAAGAAAAGCACUUACCACAACUAAUAUAAGCAUUGUUCUUUUCUUAGUGAUGAGUUCUCCCCAUACUGGUAUAUAGAACCUUGCCGAGGUCAGUAUGAGCAUAUAGCGUGCUCUGUCUGCUGCUGAUUUAAGCAGUAAAACACUAAAGCAAGUGUGUUAUCAUGAAAUAAUAUCACGGCUGUGAUUUCGUUGCAGGCACAAGCUGAAUGUUAUGGCGAUAACACACGACCUCGAGUGUUGCUUUUAUACAACUCAGUUAAGUAAAUAAAGUAAGAAAUUAGGCCCUGCCAAAUUAUAGGUCCUUUACAAGCAGCUUGUAGCUACAUCAGAAUAGCAAGCUCCACUCACUCGCUGCACAGCCAUCAGUUCGUUCUCCAGUUCCUUACCCGAAAUCCCAAAACUGUCAUCACCAGCUUUUUUGUUUUUUUAUUGCAGCAGUUUUAUAGUUCAGUCCAAUUUUUCAACUCUGAAAAUUAGACUACACGUUUGGCGAAUGCUACUCAGUUAAUUUCUGGCUGAUUCCAGGUUGUUUAGUUUUUCUUCUUUCAUAGCUGCCGGCUGAAAAACUGCUCAGUGGUGAUGACGGUUUAGGAAUUUAGUGUACUCUCCUCUUCAGAGUCUGACCAAAUGGGCUUAGGUAAAAUGUAAACUUAGAAGUAUCCAUUUUCUGUCUAUGCGCAAAGUAAGAAGACAAACUUUCAAAUUUGAGCGUCUCCUACACCUGUCCAACCCGUUGCUUGGCAAUGGUGGAGUGAUAUCAUCAAAAAAACUAUGAUGUUAUGGCAAAAUAACAGCAUGAUUAAAAUACCUCUCAACCAAUCAGCUUGCAUGGCCAGAACUAACUGUUGUAUAAAUGCGAGAUAGAGAUAGAUAGUCUUUUGGGCUCUUAGGAAGCACAGCUGUGUUGGCUCUAUCUUUGCAAGAUUGCAAAUUCAGUGUUUGGUGAUGUCACAGCCAUCCAUGGCUGAGUUCUCUGGGUAGGUAGGAUGGCCAUGCUCUCUCUGAGUGGGUAGGAUAGCCCUCCCCCUCUCCCCAUCAAUCAGCAUCAUACAAGCUGACACAGGCAUCUGUUAUCUGACAUAACAGAAUUGGCAGUUAGCAUUCUCCUACAACUGUGUUUAACUAACCAAUGAUGUUACCUUAGCAGCAGUUUGAAAAGAUGUGGUGGUAGCUACAUAUGACAUGGAGGAAGCACAUGUUAGUCUUGACCCUCUCCUCCCACUGAAAAUAUGUUGUACAAACUAAACAAAAUACUUUGUUUUAUAUCAAUUAUAAACAGAAUUUCUCUACUAGUAGGUUGCAAUUUUUAGGCAGCAUAAAAGCAAAUGGGUGUUCUCUCGUCAACUGACCAUGAAACAGUAAGUUAAAUAUCUAAUUUAAUUCAAAUAUAUCUUUUAAUCUCUAGAGAGUGACCGUAUGGAAGAGAAACUUUCCAAUUGUCUUGUUUUGUAUAGGCUGUAUAACGUGUCAGUGUGACAAUGCUGACCUACUAGUAGAUGUAUUUUGACUUUCUUUUUUUUAUCCUUCUUCUUCAUGAACAAAACGUUUCAUUUGACUUGUAUACUAUUUUAAGACAUAUGUCAUAAUAGUCAAACUAUGUAGAAUACAUCAUUUUAGUACAAGUUGGUUAUGAGGUUUUGCUCUGUUUCUAUACGUUUUCAUCUCAUUCUAGACUUUAACCUACAAAAGGUUGAUUAUAGCAAUUUUUGGAAGUGUAUAUGCUGUAUACAGAAUAUAUUCCUUUUCUCUAUCUAGAAAAUGAAGCAAAAUUAAAUCCUGUACUGUGAUGCUGAUGGAAGGUA